AUGACACUCAAAACCAACGAGAUUCGAAUGCAACAAGAACGUUUCUAUGGAAUCGCCACGGAUGUUGUUGGAAUGAUAAACCUCAGAUGGAACCCAAUUCUCCCUAUAUACAAAAUCUGCAAACCAACGUAUAGUUGUCCACUUGCACGAGAAGCUUUCACGGGAGUUGGCACGAAAAUAGGAAUAAUCCACGAUGGAUUCACAAUAACAAGAACAUUCACGACUUGGAGUGAAACGUUAAAGGAUGCCGUGAAAAAUGUUCCAUACAAGCAGCUGUGGUUUCCCAGAGCAAGACAGGUUGGAUGCGCUACUUUUCUGGCAACCGCCUCACGCGGCACACGCUUUCUAACCCUUAGAUGCAGAUUCGAUACGUUCCGAAACAAUAUGCGUCCAUGGAACAUCUAG